AUGAAUAAAUGCCUACUCUUAAUGGCUAUUGUUGGUACAGCGCUGUGUGCUCCUAAUAGAAGACAUGCUAGAGAAGACGGCAACAGGGAUAGAAAUGGUGCAACAGACAAAUAUCGCGGAGGAAGGGGAUCGCGUCGAGAAAUGGGCCCUCCACCUCCACCGUUUCUUCAGACUGUGACUGAAGAAGCCCGUCAAGAAUUCUUCGCUAUCUCUACCAAGGAAAAUCUCACGAUCAGAGAACAGAAAGAAAAAAUUUCGCAAUGGGCGCAAAAAUAUGGGAUUGAGAAGCAAGUGGAGGAUUUCAAUGCAAACAUGAUGCGACUGAGGGAGGAGCUGAAGCAAAACGUCACAGAUUUGAUCUUUGCAUUACCGUCUGCUGCGCAGCAAUUUUCGGCUGUGAUGGAGAACGAAGAUCAGACGCAAGCCGAAAGGAAAAAAGCGCUCGCAGAUUUGAAAGCUGAAAAUCCGCAGGCAUCCAGCGUGCUGAGGUUCGCCGUGGAUCAAUUUCUGCCAAGAUCUGGUACGGCUAGAAAAGAAAAAAUGCAGAACGGAAAGAAUAAUCGUGGAAAAAAUGGAAUGAGAGGAAGAAUGGAUGAGAAACGACCAUCCAGUGAACGAGGACGACCGUACGGUUUUAGAGGAACGGCACCAAGAAAUAAUGAAGACGGCGAAUCAGGACAAAAU